ACAUGGACGACCGAAGUUAGGACUCCAGAGAGACCAGCAAAACUUUUUAAAAAGUGGAUGCUGGCGUACUCUCGUCCUUUUUACGCUUAUUUCAGAGCAUUUUCUUUUUUGUUAUUUUUGAGGAAUCAUAAAAAAACUUUGUAAUGCAUUAAAUAUUUAUUUUUUUACUGGAGAAAAGGAAGGGGGGUCUGGCAUCCGCGAGAACCCCCUCAAUAUCCCGAACGCUAUGCCGUGGGUGAGCAGCAGUAAGCGGAGAGAAAGCUCGGAGCUGCCGCUGCCCGCAGGCUGGGAAGAAGCUCGGGAUUACGACGGCAGAGUUUUUUACAUUGACCAUAACACCCGACAAACUUCGUGGAUAGACCCGAGAGACAGGAUCACAAAACCCCUGACGUUCGCUGACUGCGUUGGCGAUGAGCUGCCUUUAGGAUGGGAAGUGGUUUAUGAUCAGCAGGUUGGAGUUUACUACAUCGACCACAUCAACAAGACCACCCAGAUCGAGAACCCACGGACACGAUGGCGGCAGGAGCAGGAGCGCAUGCUGAAGGAGUACCUGGUGGUGGCAGAAGAGGCUCUCAACGCCAAGAAGGAGAUGUACCUCAUCAAGCAGCAGCGUCUGGAGCUGGCGCAGAAGGAGUUCCUGCUCUUCCGAGAGCUGAGCGAGGAGGACAGACGCUCCGUCGGCAGCGCAUUCUCUGGCUCCACUUCAAACGCAAAAUAUGACCCUGACCAAAUAAAAGCGGAAAUCGGCAGUAGGCGGGAGAGGGUCUCCACACUGAAACAGGAGCUGGCCCAAGUGAAGCAGGAACUGCACUACAAGGAAAUGGGAGUGGAGACCCUGCAGGAGAUCGACCGGAAGAUGUCCUGCAGUCAGACCAGUUACAAGCUGGACGAGGCCCAGGCCAUCUUCAAUGAGCUGCGCAGCAUCAAGAAAUCUAUCAGCACAGGCGAGAGGGAGAGGCAGGACCUCAUCCAGAGCCUGGCUAAGCUGACGGUAAACUUCCAGCAUGGCCUGUGUAUCAGCGACUCCCUGCACGACCCCGCAAGCAGCCCUGGAGGCCUGGGAGAGACCUGCCUUCUGCAGUGCUACCGAGACACGGGCUGCCAGACCGACAUCAUGGGAGAGCUAUGUUCUCAAGAUUCCUCACCGCUGGUGGACAAAGUCAGACUGAACUGGCAGUAUGAAGAAGCCAAAAAAAAGGUCUCCAGCAUCCAGCAUCAGCUGGCCCAGAUGGAGAGCCAGAGCUGGCCGGGCCGGGCCGAGGCGGACCGGGACCGGGACUGUUUGCUGCUUCUGCGUGAGAAGGAGGCCCUGCUGCAGGAGAUGGCUCUCGUCAGCCAGCAACAGCGCCCCCUGGAGUCACUCCUCCAGCUGGAGGAGGAGCGCCGGAGGCUCGAGGACGAGGUGCAGAAGGCCCACGCUGCCCAGAGCCAAGGGGCCAGUCAAAGGAUCCUGCAGCAGGAGAAGAGGAACGUGCUACUGAGGCAGCUGGAGGAGGCCACACGCAUCACCACCUACCUUCACUCCCAGCUGAAGAGCCUGUCGGCCAGUAACCUCACCAUGUCGUCCGGCAGCAGUCGUGGCUCGUUAGCGUCCAGCCGCGGCUCUCUGGCCUCCAGCCGGGGCUCCCUGAGCUCCGUCAGCUUCAGCGACAUCUAUGGCGUGCCCCAGUACGAGUGGCCCGAAUGUCCGCUCGACCCCGACCCCCACCUGCGAUACCUGCUGCCCGUGGAGGCCCUGACCCGGGUCCCGGCCGGUUACGGCGGGGAGCCCCUGGGUCUGGGCAAGGCCAAACGCUCCCAGGACACCCCGCAGUCCCUGGCCUCCCUGUCGUCCCGCUCCUCGCUCUCCUCCCUGUCGCCGCCCGGCUCGCCCAUGGACACGCCCUACCACUCAGCCGCCCAGGACUGCCCCCUGGCCCAGAUGACGGAGGAGUACAUGGAGCUGGCUGGCCGGGGCAUCCUGGAGGGCCUCAGGGGCCCAGUCCUGGCACCCGCCCACGCCCCCGUGCCUGGCGAUGUUGGUUUUGGGGCCCCUAUGAGUGCGCUCCUGCUGGAAGGGAAGAGCCAGAGGGACAGUGGCACCCAGGGGCCACACAGCAUGGCAGGCGUGACUCUGCGGAGUAACAGUGUGAAUCGGGCGGGCCGGAGGACCAGGAGACUGUCAGCAGGCUUGUCAGAUGAUGCUCUGGCCACAGACAGUGGAGUCUUUGAAGCCUGGAGCAAAAGCAGGGCGGAGGACAUUGAAGAGGUUUCGUACAGCAACGACGUCUCUGUGACAGAGCCUGCCCUCAUCCAGCUGGGCCUCCUGUAUGAUGCCAACAGCGAAUGUCUCCUCUUGCACCUUCUGCAGUUAAACAACUUAAACGGGGCCAUCGUGAAGGAUGGGCGCAGAGUGUAUGUGAAAGCGCACCUGGUCCCGGUGGAUGUGGGCCGGGCCUGUCCGUUUUACUGCAGCAAGGCGCUGGAGCCUCAGGCCACGCUCAUCUUCAAUGAAGGUUUCCGCAUCCCCCUCCCGCCGAGCGCCCUGGGCCUGCGAAGCCUGCAGCUCUCCCUGUCUGCUCUGGGCCAUCAGGAGCACGAGGAUCUGCUGGGAGUAGCGCAGGUGGCUCUGGCUGACUGUGAGGGCUGCACAGAGAUGGUGUUCCAGUGGCACAGGCUCCAGAUGCUGGGGGGGGCUGAGCCACACAGGACAGAGCAGGGCCGGCUCUCAGAGGCCUGCCUGCCCACCCUGCCUGACAGCGCAGAGGAGGACCCUAACUCUACGGAGGACUCUGUGUCGGCUCUGCUGUCUUCCUGCGCCGCUCCACGGCUGGAGCUCAGUGAGGAGGAGCUGCAGGAGCUGGAGCAGAAGGAGGAGCCGGGACAGACUGUCUCUGAGAGGAGCUGGCAGGCGGAGUCUGUGGACAGCGGCUGCAGUAACAGCACGGCCUUCGUCACACCCUGUCCAGAGGGCCUGUGCGUGGAGGGCAUCUGCUCCGACACCGGGGGGCGCUAUGCACAGCCCGGCGGCAAAGCCCCCGCCUUAAAGGUGGACAAGGAGACGAACACAGAGGGCCCUUUCCCUGAGCCAAUCACGGUGCGGCCCAAGGAGAGGGGCGGGCGCUGGGGACACGCCCCGCCCAUCGUGCGCAGCAGCACCAUCUCACGCUCCCAGACCUUCUCCCCUGGAGCCCGGAGCCAGUACGUCUGCAGGUUGUACCGCAGUGACAGCGAUAGCUCAACUUUGCCAAAAAAGUCGCCGUUCAUCAGGAAUACGCUGGAAAGGAGGACCCUUCGAUAUAAACAGUCGCAGUCGUGCAGAGCCUCUCUGGCGGAGCAGUCCACGCGCACGUCUCUGGAUCUGGAGCUGGAUCUCCAGGCCUCCAGGACGCGGCAGCGGCAGCUGAACGAGGAGCUGGGCACGCUGCGGGAGCUCAAGGCUCGGCUGGAGGAGGCGCACGCCCGGGAGGAGGCGCACGGCCGGGAAGCCGCGGAGCUACCCCUCUGGGCUCUGAGAGAUGAGCGCUUCCGCUGCCUGCUCCGCGAGGCUGAGAGACAGGCGCGCCAGAGCAAGCUGGAGCAGCGGCAGGAGGAGGCGGCCGAGAGGCGGCUGAGGAAGGCGUCCAAAGAGAUCCAGCAGAUGAGGGGGCAGAGCCAGAAGGAGCCGCUCCCUGUGCAGACCUUCAGAGAGAAGAUGGCUUUUUUCACAAGACCAAGAUUCAACAUACCUCCCCUGCCAGCCGACGACGUGUAAGAGCACCCUAGCUCUGACAUCACGUGUUCACAAAUGAAGUAUUUUGUCUUGUCUUUUUAUGUUCCAACUCCAUGAAGUAAUUGUUACAGAAACUGUAGUUUCACCACUUCAUCAGCCAAUAAAACAAAGCUAUCGACCUAUGACGGUCGAGACAAAAUCUGUUUGUGGUGUGGAUAUACUUGUAUAGGAUAUGCACAUACAAAAUAAUUCGUAUUGUUUAACUAUUGACAGCAAUGGCAAGGUUUUAUUUUUUUGGGGUUUUUUUUUGUCUUUCAGAAAAAAAAUGCUAUUUUACAAAAGAAAAAAGUAUCUUAGACGUGUACAAUUUAUUUGAUGUUUGUAUGCUUACAAAAGGCUGGAAGACGGGAACAAAGUCAGUUUAGACAAAUUCACUGUACUGUAACUUAUUUUCUAGUGUGCUUUCCUUGAAGGAAAUAAAUAAAAAAAACUUCCAGCUUUAAUUCAUAUUUUAAGGCUUAAAACAAAUAGCACUUCAGUGUUCUGACAUACAGUGGAAUGGAACAUUUGGCUGAUUUUGUUCCUGUUACCUGAUUCUGAAAAGUUAUUUACAUCAAAAUGUGUCACUUUUUUUAAUCCACUUUUAUGUGUCAUUCUUCUGUUAUUGUUAUUAAUAUUAAUUAUUACUUGUACUUUACAAUAUAAAUAUAUAUGAAACUGUGUAUUCAGAACUUUUAUUAAAUGUCUGUAAUGCGGUAACAUCUUCAGUGUGUGUCACUGUUGUGAAGAUCAACCAUUAAACGGUCAAAGCAG